AUGGAGGACUCGCUGUGCAGUGUCCAGCUGGCCUGCUCCAGGACACUCCCAUCUUCUCCACUCACGUGUCCUCAGGGUGUGUUCGUGUGGUGGCCUGAGCCAGACACGCCUUCCUCUCCAGGCCGAGAGGUGCUCCUCCGGGCCUGGCUACGCCUGUCCAUCCAGCAUCCACUAACGCUGCUGGCGCUGCUCCUCCCUUGGCUGGAGGAGCGAGCCUCCGCAAGCCCCCGCCCCGGCCCCGCCCCUCUAGCCCUCACCAUCAGCCCCGCCCCUCCAGUCUUCACCAUCAGCCCCCCUCCAGUCUUCACCAUCAGCCCCGCCCCUGCCCCGCCCCCAACCAUCACCAGCAGCCCCGCCCCUCCAGUCCUCACCAUCAGCCCCGCCCCUCCAGCCCUCACCAGCAGCCCCGCCCCUCCAGUCUUCACCAUCAGCCCCCCUCCAGUCUUCACCAUCAGCCCCGCCCCUGCCCCGCCCCAACCCUCACCAGCAGCCCCGCCCCUCCAGCCCUCACCAUCAGCCCCGCCCCUGCCCCGCCCCCAACCCUCACCAGCAGCCCCGCCCCUCCACCCCGCCCCUGCCCCGCCCCCAACCCUCACCAGCAGCCCCGCCCCUCCAGUCCUCACCAUCAGCCCCCCGCCCCCUCCAGCCCUCACCAUCAGCCCCGCCCCUGCCCCGCUCCCAACCCUCACCAGCAGCCCCGCCCCUCCAAGGAACGAGUACCUGCUCUCGGUGCUGGCGGAGGAGAGCAACGCGCUGCUGCUCGGCCUGCGCUACUCGCCUGCCCAGCUGCACUUCCUGUUCCUCAGCGAGGACGCUACCGGCGCCUGGCAGACCCGCGUGUCCUUCCGCAGUCCCGCCCUGGUGGACAGCCAGUGGCACACGCUGGUUCUGGCCGUGUCAGAAGACUCAUUUUCCCUCACCACGGACUGCGGCCUCCCGGUGGACAUAAUGGCUGAUGUGCCCUUCCCGGCCACACUGUCGGUGGGAGCAGCUCGGUUCUUCAUUGGUAGCCGGAGGAGAACCAAAGGCCUGUUCACGGGCCUGGUGAGGCAGCUGGUGCUACUGCCCGGCUCAGAUGCCACGCCGUGGCUGUGUCCUAGUAGGAACCCCCAGCUGGCUGUGCUGUCCAUCCCGCGGGUACUGCAGGCCCUCUCGGGGAAGCUGGAGGACAACGAAGUGCUGCAGUAUCCCUAUGAAACUGACAUGAGAGUGACGCUGGGGUCCCAGCCGCCGUGUACCAAGGUGGAAGACGCCCAGUUCUGGUUUGAUGCCAGCAGAAAGGGGCUGUACCUGUGCGUUGGCAGCGAGUGGGUCACUGUGUUAGCGGCCCGGGAGAGGCUCGAUUAUGUGCAGCAGCACCAGGACCUGCUCACCAGCUCUGAGACCCUGGGCAUCGAGCUGUUCCGCAUCCCCGGGGUGGGGCUCUUCCUUGCCACUGCCAAUCGGAGAGCCACUUCUGCCAUCUACAAGUGGACCGAGGGCGAGUUCGCCUCCUACCAGAGCCUCCCCACGCACCAGGCGCAGUCCUGGCGGCACUUCACCAUCGGGAAAAGGAUCUUCCUGGCUGUGGCUAAUUUUGAACCAAAUGAAAAGGGCCAGGAGUUCUCUGUCAUUUACAAGUGGAGCCACAGAAAGCUGAAAUUCACCCCAUACCAGAGGAUCACUACUCACAGUGCUCGGGACUGGGAGGCCUUCGAGGUGGCUGGGGAGCACUUCUUGGCAGUGGCCAACCACCGGGAAGGUGACAACCACAACAUUGAUAGCGUCAUCUACAAGUGGAACCCGGCCACUCGCCUCUUCGAGGCCAACCAGACCAUCGCCACUUCUGGUGCCUACGACUGGGAGUUCUUCACCGUGGGGCCCUACUCGUUUCUGGCAGUGGCCAACACCUUCAACGGCACGUCCACACGGGUGCAGUCCUGCCUGUAUGUCUGGCUGCUGGGCUCCUUCCAGCUCUUCCAGUCAUUCCCGACGCUGGGCGCUGCAGACUGGGAGGUCUUCCACAUUGGGGAGCGGAUCUUCCUUGCUGUCGCCAACAGCCACAGCUAUGACGCGGCGGUGCAAGUGCAGAGUGAUGCCUAUGUCCUCAACUCCGUCAUCUACGAGCUGAACGUGACUGCACAGACCUUCGUAAAGUUCCAGGACAUCCCCACCUGCAGUGCUCUGGACUGGGAGUUUUUCUCAGUAGGAGAAGAUUAUUUCCUGGUGGUUGCGAACUCCUUUGAUGGAAAUACCUUCUUGGUGAACAGUAUUAUUUACAGGUGGCAGGGUUACGAGGGCUUCGUGGCGGUGCACAGCCUGCCCACCUUCGGCUGCCGGGACUGGGAGGCCUUCAACACCUCGGCCGGCGCCUACCUCAUCUACUCCAGCGCCAAGGAGCCCCUUUCCAGGGUGCUGCGGCUGAGGACGCGCUGAGGGCCCGGGCAGCAGGGGGCGCCGCCGGGCCGCUGUGGUCCCCGUUCCGGCGGGCGCAGUACCCGCCCCGGGCAGGUGACUGUGCCCUGCCGCAGGCGGUGGCUCUGCCGUCCUCCAGCCAGCCGGGCCCCCAGGUCUCACCUAAAGGAAAAGUUUCCAUGAAGUUUUACCUCAGAACCCCCGGGGCCUGGGCACACGUCCCCGGCGCUGGCCUCGGGCCCAGGUGCGGAAGCAGGUGUGUGCGUGAGACGCGCGCACCGCCAGCUAUUUAUUGCGCUCUGUCUGA